AUGAUCACCAUCCCCCAUAAAACAGGGCGAUCUGUCAAAAAAGCCAACAUGUUUCAACGCCUGUCACCGUCCAAGCUUGAUUUGCACUGCGCAAAGCCUCUAGGCGCUCGCAAAACAGUGUUGGAAGCCGGAACCACGAAUGCUCAUAUACAGCGUCCAUAUGUGGUCAAUAUUCGCCGUGUUUAUUCAUCAUCAAUCCUGGUCGGUCCUCCAAAGUUGCGGACUGCCCGAUAUCUUCCCUCUCCGCGCGGCAUCUACACCUCUAGCACGCAGGGCUGCAUGACAAUAGCAACACAAUACAAGUACCUUGGUAAAUCCACUUUGCGGGUCGUGAAUACCCUCUAG